UUAGUCCUACUGUUCAGAGUGAUGAACAUUUAGCUGCUGACAACCAUGUCCAAGUACCUGAAGCAUUUUACCUCUGUGGGUGACAAACAAAAUGAAAGGCAGCAGAACGUGGAUGAAGAGAAGCAGCCAGAAGAAGAGCCUCAGAAGACGCCCGAUUCAAUUACCUCUUCAUACUCCUUCAGAGAUAAUCUAAGGUGGCUCCUUAGUUGCCACAAGUUUCAGAUUGUCAUUGUGUGCCUGGUUAUUCUGGAUGCUAUAUUUGUUCUUAUUGAGGUACUUUUAGACUUGGAAUUAUUACAUAACAAAGUUGACGACAUUGUACCAAAGAUAUUCCAUUGUUUGAGCCUUUCUGUAUUGUCCUUCUUUUUGCUGGAAAUUCUUGGUAAACUAUAUGCUUUUCGACUGGAGUUUUUCCACCACAAGUUUGAGGUGUUUGAUGCAGUUAUUGUUAUAAUAUCAUUUAUCAUCGACGUGGUCUAUAUAACCCGGGAAGAUAUCUUCAACGCAGUCGGGCUGUUGAUUUUACUCAGACUUUGGAGAGUGGCCAGAAUUGUCAAUGGUGUCAUUUUGUCUGUGAAGAGCAGAGCAGAAGAAAAGAUCCACAAGUUAAAGGAGAAACAGGAGACCCUAUUAGCCAGAGUCUCGCAGCUAGAGCAGCAGUGCACCCAGCAGGAACAAGAGAUUUCAAGACUCCAGACUAUAUUACAGCAAAACAACAUAUUCCCCGAGCCUUACAACCCAGCCACUGCUUGAAAUUAAUAAGUGGAUUGUUACUUUCCUUGAAAAUAUCUAUUUUGAAAGAUUUUUUUAAUAGAGGUUGUGUCUGUGUAACAUGAGUGCA